CAUGAAGUACGUUACAUUGAGACAUUACCAUUAAAAGCACCGUUUAUUUGAAGCCAAGCGUUUACUCACCAUUUGACCAGGGGACGUUUGUGUGCGUGUUUGCUGACUGAGAACGAUGUCUGAGAAGGAAGUCAUGGAAAGAUACGGCCACAGCAGCCUGGUGCUUGUGGUCUACAUCAUCACCUUGCUGAUUGGCUUCCCCGCCAAUGUCGUGGCCUUUUACACCUUCAGCAAGAAGGUGAGGCAGAAAGCCAUGCCCGUCGACAUCCUGCUCCUCAACCUGACCAUCUCGGACCUCAUCUUCCUGCUCUUCCUGCCCUUCAAGAUCAAAGAGGUGGCGGACAACAUGAAAUGGAUCAUGCCCCACUUUCUGUGUCCAUUGACCAGCUUCGUCUUCUACACCACCAUCUACAACAGCACCUUCUUUCUGACCGCAAUCAGUGUCGAACGCUACCUGGGAGUGGCCUUUCCCAUCAAGUACAAACUAAAAAGACGGCCUUUGUACGCCACGGUGGCUAGCGUCUUCUUCUGGGCAAUCUCCAUGGCGCACAUUAGUAUUGUCUACAUCAUUCAAUAUUUCGACUAUUCCAACACCACCCGGGCAGACCCUUUGAACCUGGACAUGUGUUACGAGGAUUUCACCCCGGAGCAGCUGCAAGUCCUGAUACCUGUCCGUCUGGAGCUCUUCCUGGUUCUAUUCUGUGUACCUUUCUUUAUCUGCUGCUUCUGCUACAUCAACUUCAUCCGAAUCCUCUCUCAGCUGCCCAGCAUCAACCGCAAGAAGCGUCAGCGGGCCAUCGGCCUGUCUCUGGGGACCCUGCUGGUGUUUAUCGUCUGCUUCGCACCCUACAACUUGUCACACGUAGUGGGCUUUGUAAAGUGGGAGAGUCCCACUUGGCGGGUGGAAGCACUCUUGUCCAGUACCGUCAACGCCAGCUUGGACCCCAUCAUCUUCUACUUCUCCUCAGCGGCCCUCAGGUCUACCUUCCACCUCUUCAUGAAGAACCUGGUGGAGAGGAUACAGCGGUUGUUCUUCUGCAAUAAGGUCCUCUACUGCCCCCUGUUGUUCUGCUCCAGAACUCAGAAGGACAGCACACCAAGCACCAAUGACAGCUCCUUAUAGUGUACGUGUCAAACUCAUACCACAGAGGACUGAAUGUCUGCGGGUUUUCGCUCCUCCCUUGUACUUGAUGGAUGAAUUAAGCUCACUAAUUAGUAAAUAGCUCCCCUCACCUGGUUGUCUAGUUCUUAAUUAAAAAAUAAAACCUGCAGACACUAGCUCCUCCAUGGAAUGCGUUUGACACCCCUAUUAUAGUGUGUAGUCAAGCCAUAUGCUACACAUGCUAAAUGCUAGCCUGUUCAAUGUAUUUAUUGCACUUAGGUUCUUAUUGAAAAGACUGAGGACUUUGCUAUCUGUCUUUAUAAGUAGCCUAUACAUUAAUCAGUGCCAGUCGGUGCCAAUUAGGAUGAGGGAGGAUGCUACUUCUUUUUAUGAGCAUAGCCUUAUUUCUAUUACAGAAUAUUGGAUGACUGUCCUUCAUUUUCCAUUCCCCCAGCCCAAUGUAACAUCGAUAGUUUUGGGCUACUGUAUGAUAGUCAAAUUUGACCUAUACCCAUCAUGAGUUUGCAACAAACUAGCCUAUGAAUGAAAAUCUACAACGUAGGUGCAAAGGGUUGAGAGAAUUUUGAGUAACCAAGGUGAUUACUGCCUUGCACACUCUUACUUUCAUCUAGCUGACCAAGGGUGUAAUCAUUAGUCCAACAUUUGCAAAUGAGAGUUUCUAUUGGACAAAUUCAGGUAUGUUUAUCCCCUUUUUGUUCCAUUUGCUUCUGUUUAAUUAAGAAACAUUUUUCAACAGAAUCGGCGGAAUGAAUACACCCCUGAUCAUACGAAAACAGUUCACUUUCAAAGCAGCCUUAUGUCACAGCAUGAUCACUCACGUUGCUCGUUGUUUAUAUCAUUCCCAACUAUCCAUGCGCUUUCCUCCUCUCACCUUUUACCUUUGCUUGUGGACUUCAGUGCAUAACACCUGUCUGUGACCAGGGGGAAAAAAUAGUUUUCAAGCCAAACCUUCAUAUCAUGACUACUAACCGCUACAUACAGACUACAUCAUUGUCACCUCAUAGUCAAUAUAGCUAUAGUACUAGAACUAACGAGUUAGUAAACCCGGUACAAUCAUGCAGUACAGUGUACAGUCACAAAGCAGUUUAACAGUUCCACUGCGGGUGCUGGUGUUAAUAAAUUAUUCAAACCAAAAGCUUACCUAGAUUUGGAAGAGUUCCAGUGUUGAAUAGCCAAAGCCAGCAAGCUAACAUAGCAUCACUCUCUGUUUGAGCCAGGUGUUUGAGUAUGCUAAUCUAGCUAGCUGCAUCCAGCUAGCUUAAGUGAAUGUGAAGUUAAAAAAAUAUGAACAAAUAUAGCUAGCUAGUUCUCUCUCUCUUGCUUCUCUUUAAUAUUUCAAUCAAUACAUAUUUUCAAAACGGUUAAACUAUUCUCUCUUAGAGUCAACUAUUCACCACAUGUUAUGCACUGCUGUGCUAGCUAGCUGUAUCUUAUGCUCUCAGUACUAGAUUAAUUAUCUGAUCUCUUGAUUGGGUGGACAACAUGUCAGUUCAUGCUGCAAGAGCUCUGAUAGGUUGGAGGAUGUCCUCCGGAAGUUGUCCUAAUUACUGUGUCAGUCCAUGGACAGGGUGAGAACCAAGAGACUCCUAGGUUUUGCAUUGACGUCAAGGAAGCUGGCUGUCCUCCAGCUACACCAUGGUGCACUACAGAGUGCUGCUGAGGCUACUGUAGAACUUCAUUGUGUGUUUUAAUGAAUUAUUUGGUAACUUGAAUAUAUUUAGUAAAGUUUUAUCUAAACAUACAAACUUUUUAAAUGUUCCACUAUUAUCAUUUUAUGAAAUGUACUGAGGAGCAUGGUCCUCCCCUUCCUCAUCUGAGGAGCCUUCACUGACAUUAAUGUAUGUGUAGUAUGCAUUUAUAUGUGUAUUUAUAAGCUUUUGAAGGUUUUAUAUUAUUUCUGUUCCCCUUUAUUUUAUGACUUUUUUUUAGUGAUGACAUUAAAAUCUCUUUUUACAUCAUA